AUGUCAGAGGCGGUGGGCACGACGGAGAGUGGAGGCGGGGGCGGGGUCAAGGAGCAGGAGCGGUUCCUGCCGAUCGCCAACAUCGGGCGCAUCAUGCAGCGCGGCAUGCCGGAGAAGGGCAAGAUCGCCAAGGACGCCAAGGAGUCCAACCAGGAGUGCGUCUCCGAGUUCAUCAGCUUCAUCACCAGCGAGGCCAGCGACAAGUGCAUGAAGGAGAAGCGCAAGACCAUCAACGGCGACGACCUGAUCUGGUCCAUGGGCACCCUCGGCUUCGAGGACUAUGUCGAGCCCCUCAAGUCCUAUCUCAAGCUCUACCGGGAGGUAAUCAAAAAUAACAAAAUCACUGCUCAAACAGUGCACCAAACUUUCAGCAGUGAUUUUGUUUUUCUCGGUGAGAGCUCCAUGGAUGUUAUUUUUCGAUUAAACUUGGCAUGUACCUCAAACAUAUGA